GCGGUGUUGGUGUAUUGUUACCGGUUAAUUGAUUUGGAGAUAUCACUGACUUGAGUCUAACCACCAUGUCCAGUCCACCAAACUCAUUACAGGCAUCCAUGCACGCUCCAAAACCAUCAUCAGCCGCACGCCCGCCGUCCUUGGGCCAGCUCGCAGCUCGUAUUAAUCUUGGCAGCGGUGGAAACACACCGUCAUCAUCCCCUGCCCGCCCGCGUUUAGCUGCUUCACUCCUGCGUACGGGAUCGCAAACUUCAUUAUCUACAACAGCGUCCACGAAUGACUCGAUGGCCGUUAAUGCACCUUCUACUCGUUCGGUGUCUCCGGCGCUUACAGCUACAACUGCCGCCACACCCCCGAAAUCCACAACCCCAUCUAUACCAGAGGAUGCUCCACUCGUGUGUUCAGAGCCAUUGACGCAGGAGAACCUCAAAGAGCUUAAUCAGGAGACCAAAAGCGAGAAGAAGGUGAAAGGGUACAAGAACAUUCCAUCACUUGACGCGAUAACCGCGCAUCUGGCUAAAGCGAGAUCGCUGAGCAUCGACGGGUCUGCACGUCCACCAGAAGCUGAGUUGGUAGAGGAUCCGAAGACUCCAGGAGCUACCAUGAAAGCGCCGGAGCAUCCGUUACAGUUUACUUGGACGGUCUAUCACGACACGAAAUCCAAAGCACCCUUCACUGCAAAGGCAGCUGCAGAGGAAGGCGGUACAUCAUUCCUUUCUGCUCCACCCGAGACAGAAGACUACGAAGCUGGCCUGACUGUCAUCGGAGAAUUCAAUACCGUGGAAUCCUUCUGCCGGUAUUUCAACUGGCUGAAACCACCCUCCAAGCUGGAGCGUAAUUCCAAUUAUCACAUCUUUAAAUCGGGUAUCAAACCGAUGUGGGAGGAUCCAGCCAACUCCAAGGGUGGCAAGUGGGUUCUGACGAUGAAGAAUAAUCCUGCACUCCUCGACCGCUGCUGGACGUGGCUCGCGAUGGCGCUGGUUGGUGAAGAGCUUGAGGAAGGAGACGAGAUUUGUGGUGCAGUGGUUAGUCUUCGGAGCAAGGUCGACAGGAUUCAAGUAUGGACGAGGAGCAAGGACGACGUCGAGAGGCUGAACGGUAUAGGUAAAAAGUUGAUAAAGCUUCUAGAUGUCUCAGAAGCAGAUAAUAUCGGUCUCGAGUUCCAAUACAACACAGAUGACCGACCGCUACCUAACAAGUUCCUCUCGAUACAGUCCGCUCCAGCUUCUUCUUUCCGCUCCUCAUUCGGAGUUGCAGCUCACGGACACAAAGGAUCGUUGGGGAGCGUCACAAGUCCAACUAGUAGUGACAUCGGUUCUCCGGCGACUGCUGCUGCCGCUGCUUUUGGGAGCUUCGGUAUGAGCAUCGUCGGGGGCACACCCAGUGGUUGGAGACCGAAGAGGCCAUGAUUACAGGUGGUUACGUUGUCGUUGGAUGUACUGGGGCCAGGUCGCUAAGAAGAAACAAGGAAGAACUUUUGACAAAGAUGUACGUUGUACUGAAGCUCACUUUUCAGCAGUAGCUCUCGUGGGUCCUCUCGCAUGUUAAGUUAUAUCCCGUUCAUGUACAAAUUCAUUGCAAUCACAUAUCAUGGACUGGAU